GUUCAUCUUCUUCUUCUUCGUCCUCGACUCCACUGACCAAGGUUUUCCAUUUCACCUCUUCACUGUUACAGUUGCAGAGUUUACUUUCAACUCAACCGCCACCAAUACCGACACAACCGAAGAAGAAGAUCGCAAUUCCUUCAUAGAUCUCCAUCUCCACCUCCAUCUCCAUCUCAACAAAUCAUCACCUCUGUUGUCCCAUCAUGAGGGAGCCCCGAGAUGGAACCAAAACCGAUAGAACCUCGAAAUCCACACCUUCCCCUGCUUCAUUCCCUCUCAUUCUCGACAUCGAUGAUUUCAAGGGAGAUUUCUCGUUCGAUGCGUUGUUCGGGAACCUGGUGAACGAGCUUCUUCCGUCGUUCAAAGUAGAAGCGGAAUCGGACGGUGCUGAUUCUCUGCCGAAUGGCCAUAUGCGAGCGCCAUCGUCCGAUGCAUCCAAAUUCUCCCAAACGGCUUCGAGUCCUCUGUUUCCAGAUGUUGAGAAGCUCUUGUCGUUGUUCAAGGAUUCUUGUAAGGAGCUGCUUGAGCUUCGUAAACAGAUUGAUGGGAGACUCUACAAUCUUAAGAAAGAUGUUUCUGUUCAAGACUCCAAGCAUAGGAAGACUCUUGGUGAGCUAGAAAAAGGUGUAGAUGGAUUGUUUGAUAGCUUUGCGAGAUUGGAUUCACGUAUUUCAAGUGUUGGCCAAACAGCUGCUAAGAUAGGAGAUCAUCUCCAGAGUGCAGAUGCUCAGCGAGAAACUGCGAGCCAGACAAUCGAGUUGAUAAAAUACUUAAUGGAGUUCAAUAGCAGCCCAGGCGAUCUGAUGGAGCUUUCGCCUCUUUUUUCUGAUGAUAGCCGUGUUGCUGAGGCUGCUUCAAUUGCCCAAAAAUUACGGUCAUUUGCUGAGGAAGAUAUCGGAAGACAUGGUAUCACAACUGCUGUGGGAAAUGCAACUGCUAGCAGAGGAUUAGAAGUUGCAGUUGCUAAUUUACAGGACUACUGCAAUGAACUGGAGAAUAGAUUGCUUUCUCGGUUUGAUGCAGCUUCACAAAAAAGAGAAUUGACCACCAUGGCAGAAUGUGCCAAAAUUUUGUCUCAGUUCAACAGGGGAACAAGUGCCAUGCAACAUUAUGUAGCAACUCGUCCCAUGUUUAUUGAUGUGGAAGUAAUGAAUGCAGACACUAGGCUGGUUCUUGGUGACCAGGCUGCACAAGCUAGUCCUAGUAAUGUUACUCGUGGGCUUUCAUCUUUGUACAAAGAAAUCACAGACACUGUUCGUAAAGAGGCCGCAACAAUCACGGCUGUGUUCCCUUCACCCAGUGAAGUUAUGUCGAUUUUAGUUCAGCGAGUUUUGGAGCAGCGAAUUACUGCCCUUCUGGACAAACUGUUAGUGAAACCAUCUCUUGUGAAUUUACCUUCUGUGGAGGAAGGUGGACUCCUAUUAUAUCUUCGAAUGCUAGCAGUGGCAUAUGAAAAGACUCAAGAACUAGCCAGAGAUCUACGAGCUGUGGGAUGUGGUGACUUGGAUGUUGAGGGUCUGACAGAGUCCUUGUUCUCAAGUCACAAGGAUGAAUACCAUGAAUAUGAGCAGGCAUCUCUUAGACAAUUAUAUAAAGUGAAGAUUGAAGAAUUGCGAGCUGAAAGCCAGAUUUCUGAUUCUUCUGGGACAAUUGGACGCUCAAAAGGAGCUUCAGUAGCUUCUUCUCAGCAGCAAAUAUCUGUCACCGUUGUAACAGAGUUUGUGCGUUGGAAUGAAGAAGCAAUCUCAAGAUGCAAUCUCUUUUCUUCUCAGCCUGCUACACUGGCAACCAAUGUAAAAGCAGUAUUUACUUCCCUACUGGACCAAGUUAGUCAAUAUAUAGCAGAUGGGCUUGAACGGGCUAGAGACAGUCUGACUGAAGCAGCUAAUUUGAGGGAAAGAUUUGUGCUCGGUACAAGCGUUAGCCGUAGAGUGGCUGCUGCAGCUGCAUCUGCUGCAGAGGCUGCUGCUGCUGCUGGUGAAAGCAGUUUCAGAUCUUUCAUGGUUGCUGUACAACGCUCUGGAAGCAGUGUAGCUAUUAUUCAACAAUACUUUGCAAAUUCUAUAUCUCGGCUUUUGCUCCCUGUGGAUGGUGCACAUGCUGCUUCUUGUGAGGAAAUGGCUACAGCAAUGUCCAGUGCAGAGGCUGCUGCUUACAAAGGAUUACAACAGUGCAUUGAAACUGUCAUGGCUGAGGUUGAGCGAUUGCUUUCAGCUGAGCAGAAGGCAACAGAUUAUCGAUCACCUGAUGACGGAAUGGCUCCUGACCACCGGGCAACCACUGCCUGUGCAAGGGUUGUGGCUUAUCUUUCUCGUGUGCUGGAGUCUGCUUUCACUGCCCUAGAAGGUCUUAACAAACAAGCAUUCCUGUCUGAGUUGGGGAAUCGCUUGCACAAGGUGUUGCUAAAUCAUUGGCAGAAAUAUACAUUUAAUCCAAGUGGGGGAUUGCGACUGAAACGUGACAUUACUGAAUAUGGAGAAUUUGUGCGUAGUUUCAAUGCUCCUUCUGUUGAUGAGAAAUUUGAAUUGUUGGGCAUAAUGGCCAAUGUCUUUAUUGUCGCUCCCGAGAGCCUUUCAACUUUGUUUGAGGGUACCCCUAGCAUUCGGAAAGAUGCACAAAGAUUUAUUCAACUUCGAGAGGACUACAAGAGUGCCAAACUUGCAUCUAAACUGAGCUCCUUGUGGGCUUAACAAAUACCAAGCUUGGUAGAGUCUACACCCACCUGUUUCUUGGGUACGACGCGCAAACUGACUCCAUUGGUGGUGUUAAAGGUAGUUUGUUCAACACAGUUAUAUUAUAGGGGGGCAUUGAAUGCCCCGCUCUGGCAGAAUUGAGUGUUCCCUCCAUAUUUGAAGACAAGGUGACUUGGAGGAAGACCUUGAGGAUUUGUAUUUUCUUAAAUGUGUUGCUCGAUUCUAGCUCCAAAAUUUUCCUUUGUGACACUGUAAUGUUUAUAUUUUUUUAAAUAUUUGUGGAGUUUUUAUUUUUUUGUGCAAAGUGUACCAUGCAAUACUACUCAAUGUAAAUUAUUUUUACUGUACUGUUUAUGGAAUGCUAGAUAUCGUGCGUGUUA